GUCAUCCAUCUCUACUACACGCACGGCGUCUACGAGGCCGCGUUCGUCGACCGCAACUGCGACGCGCUCGGAAAGAUCCACGUGUUUGAGAACAUGCUCAGCGACCACCUCGGCCGCAACUACCUCGCCGCCCUCCGCAUCGUGCGCGACGCUCGCAAAGCGUCGAGUGCGCCGCCCCCUUGGGUGUGCUUCAACACGCACACGCGCUGCAUGUGCUGCGAAGCGCCGUUUACGUGGAACUCGACGUCGCAGAGCGAAGCGCAAGCGAACCGCGACCAGCACAACUGCCGGAGCUGCGGCUGGCUCGUCUGCGACGGCUGCUCGGAGAAGCGCAAGCCGUUGCCCGAGUACGGCAUCAACACGCCCGUGCGUGUCUGCGACAAGUGCUUUUAUAAAGCGUAACACGACGUGCUGCCUUUCUUC